UAUUUGGCAGGCCACCGGCUCCUCCUCCGCUGGAACCGGGAAGAAGUCGGUAAAUCUGAGUCCGGCGGCUCGACGCGGUGAAACCCGAGCAGGUUCCUUCAGAAGGUCUACAGAGAAGAAUGCUGCCAGACUGGAUGCUCCAGCUGAGCUCCAGAUGUUAGAGAUGUCGGCAUCUGCAGGACGUUCCUCCGUCUCCUCCAUCUCCUCCGUCUCUCUGGUGGAGGUCAAAGCUGAGACUCACCUGGUUCUUCAGGCGUUCCUCCAUCGGACGCUUUCUGUCCCCCCAAGAGAACGACCUGGCCGGGUGGGCGGAGCCUACAAUGAUUACCACAAGUACAGCUACAAACCACAACUACGAGCAAAGGAUGAGAGGGAUUCUCAGGCUGAAGACAUCAGCUCAGCAGAUGAGAAGAAGAUUGGAUUUAAGGACCUCAUCAAGCAGCUUCCUCGUAGAAACAUCGCACGGCGUUCUGCCAAAGACCACAGAGACAACAAGGCCAAAGCAGAGGAUGACGUCAUAUCUCCAUCAUCUUCAUCUGAAGAAGAAGAUGGUGAGAAGAAACCACAGAAGAAGCUGAACCACCGGAUUAGAAAAAGGCUCUCCAAGUUCUUCAAGUUAAAGUUGGAGAAGGAGAAGACCAAAGAGGAGAAUGUGUCUCAUCCUCAGAGACCUUUAACUUUACCGAUAGACAAAGAAGCAGAAGCUCCAGCAGACAUCAUCUCUCCCAACCAUCCUCCUGAGUUCUACAGUCAGGUAGCAGAGAAGCUGGACCAGAUCGCCCAGAAGUCCACCAGCAUCAAGAGACCGAGUCCUGCAGCUCCAUCACUACCAGCAGUCUGUGAUAAAGAGCUGGUGGUGCAGCAGCUGGUUCAGGUUCUUUCUCUGGAGGGAGAUUCUAUCAACACUAAGAUCGAGUCGGACCCCUUCCUGCGCUCCAGCCUGGCUCGUCUUUCUUACCCAUCGUUUGCCAAACUUCUGGACACUUUCAGCAGCACCGAGGUGUCGGAGGCUCCACCGCUGCCGCCCACCGCUAGUCCAACGCUGCGCCGCAUGGCAGUCAGCAUGGAGGUGUCCCGGCGGAUCGUAACGGCCACCGGAACCCAGCGAAUGCAGGGAUAUGCUGAGUGCUACAUGGAGAACUUUGCCCCGUGGGUGAAGAAACACGGAGGAUGGGAGAACGUGGUGGUUCUGGAGGAGCCUUUAGAGUACGACUGACCGGUUUAUUCAAGCUGAAGAGAACCGCUGAAACGUGAAGACAGAACAGAAUGUUCCUCUCAUCUGGACUGACAUUCUAGAAGGUUCUUUGAUUUUUAUGAAUCUGGGCAUCAGAGGAUCCUUGGACUUGGACUUUGUUUUACAGAAGAAGCUAUUUGUUGUUGUGUAAGUUAUUUUAGAUCCGGUUCUACCUGUGUUCUCUGUUUCAUCUCUGGUUCCUUCCAGUGAAUGGUUCCACCGGGUCCAGCUGUGGUUCGGUUCAGUAAUUCCAGUAAACUGCGGUGCUCAAAUCAGAACACUGGUAUUAAAACAGUGAAAGUUUAAAUCCUUCACUGCUUUCCCUCCUGGCUUUAAGAUGUUGUAAACUAAACCCAAUAUUUAUGGCAGAUUGUUCUGUGGUCCAGUUUGCUGACUGGAUUUUAAACUUUGGGUUCUUUAAACUGUUGACCGCUGAUGUUUAAACAUGUCAGUUCUUCUUCUACUGCUGCAUUCGGUACCAUCCUGCCAUGUUUUUAAGCUGUUGAGUUGUUGUAGACCUGAUCUGUCUGAUCAUCUGAGCCACCAGAACUCCAUCUUCUAUCAGUAUCGCCUCCAUCGGCACGUCAUUGGUACAACAUGAACAAUAAACACUAAUUUUAAGAA